CAACCUUUGAAUAUUAGGAGGAUGGAGUUGUAGAACAACGUUUUGGGAUAAAAGAGAUAAGAGAAGAUGGCAAAGCCUCCCUCCUCAACAAAUCAGCAAGAGACUCCUUCCGUGUCUUCUCCUCGGCUAAGGAAUUGCAAUAAAACAAUGAGUCUGGAGAUAGAUAAUGAUCAUGAGAAACCAGCUGUCACAAUCACACGUCUCAUCGAACAGCUUCAUGCCAAGAAAUCAUCAACGCAAGAAAAAGAGCUCAGCACCGCUCGAAUUCUCGGUCUAGCCAAAGGUAAAAAAGAAUGUAGAAAGAUCAUUAGCCAGAACGUGAAUGCCAUGCCUGCCUUCAUAUCACUUCUCAGGAAUGGAACCCUCUUGGCAAAACUCAAUUCCGCUUCGGUCCUAACCGUUCUAUGCAAAGACAAAAAUGUUCGUUCUAAGGUAUUGAUAGGCGGAUGCAUCCCGCCGCUGCUGUCACUUUUGAAAUCUGACUCUGUGGAUGCAAGAAGAGCUGCGGCCGAGGCUAUAUGUGAAGUUUCCUUGUGUGGAAUGGAAGAUGAUAAUGUAGGUAAUAAGAUAUUUGUCACGGAAGGUGUAGUACCAACUUUGUGGGAUUUAUUAAAGGCAAAGAAAAAACAAGACACGAUAGUUGAAGGGUUUUUGGUUGGAGCUUUGAGAAAUCUUUGUGGCGACAAAGAUGGUUUUUGGGCAUUAAAACUUGAAGAUGGUGGAGUUGAUAUCAUCCAUAGCCUUCUUCAGUCUAGUAACCCGAUAUCUCAAUCAAAUGCAGCUUCUCUCUUAGCUCGUAUUAUUAGGAUUUUCACUAGUAGCAUCUCAAAAAUAGUAGAGUCAGGUUCUGUGCAAGUUCUUGUUCAACUUCUAGGUGAGGAAAACAGUGUUGUCGUACGUGCCAAUGUAGCAAAUGCUCUAGAAGCCAUUACAUCAAAGUCCGAAGAAGCAAAAAAUGUGGCAAGAGAUUUGGAUGGGAUACACCUUUUGAUUGGUGCAGUUGUAAUUUCAUCUAAAGAGUCAGUGGAUGAAGAAAACGAAUGCAUCUUACAAAGUCAUGGGAUAAAAGCUUUAGCAAACUUAUGCGGAGGAAUGUCUGGUUUGAUAGUGUAUCUUGGAGGGCUAUCUUUGUCUCCGCGCCUCACUGAGCCCAUCGCUGAUAUUCUUGGAGCUCUUGCUUAUGCUCUAAGGAAGUUUCAGCUAAGUUGUGGUGAUGAUUUUGAUCCAACACUAACAGAAGGAAUACUAGUGAAACUACUAAAGCCACGAGAUACUCAGUUGAUCCAAGAACGUAUCUUGGAGGCUAUGGCAAGUCUAUAUGGUAACACUAAUCUAUCAGAAAAACUCAACAAUAUGGAGGCUAAGAGGGUUCUAGUCAAUCUUACAAUCUUGUCUAUAGCUGGUCCACGUGAACGGAUGAUAACUUGUUUGUCAAGUUUAUGCAAAUAUGGGAAUGUUUGGGAUGCUAUUGGGAAGAGAGAAGGGAUACAAAUCCUCAUACCAUAUCUUGGAUUGUCAAGCGAACAACAGCAAGAACUGUCAGUUGAAUUCUUAGCGAUCUUGACUGACAAGGUCGAAGAAAGUAGAUGGGCUGUUACUUCUGCAGGUGGGAUUCCUCCAUUAUUUCAGAUACUAGAGACUAGUGUAUCUCACAAGGCAAAGGAUGAUGCAGUUCGUGUCAUUUGGAACCUAUGUUGUCACAGUGAAGAGAUCCGUCUCUGUCUUGAGGAAGCAGGAGCUGUUCCUGCACUUUUGGGGCUUUUAAAGAACGGUGGACCAAAAUCCCAAGAGUGGUCAGCAAAUACCCUGGUGAAACUGAUUAAAACAGCUGAUCCAAUCGUUAUCGAGCAAGUACAAGCUUUGUUUCUUGGAGAUGUUCCUAAAUCAAAGGCUCAUUUGUCAAGAAAAGACCUUUGUGGUGGUCUUGGAUUUGAUGAGAAUGACAAUCCCUGCACCAAACUUUUAAGUGGAAACACUCAUGCUGUUGCAACACAGUUAGCUCAUGCCUUAGGCUCUCUAUCUAAUCCAGCAAAGAAAAAGAGUACUGGCCAAAAGAAGUUAUCUGGUCCAGAAGUCGAAGUGAUCAAACCAUUGAUAAAGUCAGCAAAAACAAACCCUAUCGAGUCAACAGAGAAUCCCAUGUCCACUCUUGCCAACCUUCUUUCAGACCCAAAUGUUGCAGCUGAAGCAUUAAAUGAUGAUGUUGUUUCUGCUUUGACGAGAGUACUGAGAGAGGGAACACUACAAGGUAAAAGGAAUGCUUCACAUGCUCUUCAUCAAUUACUAAAGCAUUUUCAGGUCAGUGAUGUGUUCAAAGGAAAUGAUCAGUGUCGGUUUGCAGUUUCCGAACUCAUUGAUCUCUUAAACACAACUGAUACGAACAAUAGCGCUUUUAUCGAUGUUCUAGAAGUACUCUCUUUACUAGCCAAAGCUAAAUAUGGUGCUAACUUGUCCCAUAACCCAUUUUCUACAUUCACUGAAGUUCCUUCAUGUUUAGACUCUCUUGUUCGCGGUGUGGCUGAAGGUCAUCCGUUGGUCCAAGAUAAAGCAAUAGAGAUUUUGUCUCGCUUCUGCAAGACACAGUUUUUAUUGUUAGGUCAACUUUUGGUGAUACAGUCAAAAUCAGUUUCUUCACUGGCCAAUAGAAUAAUCAACUCAUCUAUUCCUGAAAUAAAAGUUGGAGGGGCUAUGUUGCUUGUUUGUGCAGCAAAGAACGACAAGAAAUUAUGGGCGGAAACAAUUGGACGAUCAGGGUAUUUGAAAAACUUAGUAAAAACUCUUCUUGAUAUGUCAAAGGAGAACUCUAAAUCUUCUUCAUAUGGAAUUGAAAUUCAAAGACCAAGAUCUUGCAUUACAAGCCAUAUGUGCUUAACCAUGGAUGGCUCUAAAAUGGUUGAUCCAGUUACUAUCUUGGGAAGCACCGUCUCCAUGUGGUUACUUUCUAUUAUUUGCUCUUCUCAUCCCAAAAACAGACUUGUUGUCAUGGAAACCAAUGGACUUGACAUUAUUGUAGAAAAGCUUCAAAAAAUUAAGUCCAACAAUACAGAGGAAAAUUUCUCCGAUUCCGAAGAAAAAUGGAUUGCCAUGUCAUUCUUAGCUGUUAUGUCUCAAGAACCAAACGUUGUCUCAUCUCCUAUAACAGAAAAUAUUUUGCCAACACUAGCACCUUUCAUGCAAUCUGAUCAGAUGAUUGAUGGAUAUUUUACUGCACAAGUAUUGGCAGCACUAGUUCGUCAAAAGAAUGACAAGAUCAUUUCAGAUAUCAUGGAUUCAGAUAUAGUACAAACUACAAUAAACUUGGUAGGGUGUGAAGAAUCAGACACAAGGACUUUUUGUGCUUUAGCAGAAGAGUUAUCUCUGGUACAAAAUCCUUUUGAAGCCACUUUAGAGGCACUCUUUGAAGAUGAAAGAGUAAGACGUGGUUCAUUUAUGAAAGAAAGUAUUUUUUUGCUAGUGAAUCUCUUGAAGCCAAAUGCAGAAAAAGUUGGAGCUAUUCCAGUUGUUGUUCGGCUUCUAAGUCGUAUUGCAGAGUGUGGCGAUUCAAGUAAAUUACUUCUCACUGAAGCUGGAGCUCUAGAUGCUUUAGUGAGGUAUCUUUCUUUGAGUCAUCAAGAUUCGACUGAGAUCAUUGUUUAUCAACUAUUAGAAUCACUAUUCCGCAACCCAGAAAUUACACGACACAAAACAGCUAUAAAUUCCAUGAAGCAGCUUAUUGGAAUUCUUCAUCAUGAUUCUAGAAGUACCCGUUACAAUGCUGCAAGGGUGCUUUGUGAACUUUUUAGCCAUGAACACGUCAGAGAUUCUGAACUUGCAUGGAAAACACUUUCCCCUCUUCUAGAAAUGUUGAAUACUAAAUUGGAGAGUGAGAAAGUGGCUGCUCUUACAGCUUUGGCGAAACUAACUACGGGAACUAGUCCAAGCCCAUAUAUUCUUACUAGUCUUGAAGGAAACCCAUUGGAGAACAUCUAUAAAAUUUUAUGUUCAGAUAGUUCAUCACUUGAAUCAAAGACAAGUGCUGCGAGGGUAUGUCGCUUUCUAUUUACCAGUGAAGUUUUGAGAACAAACUCAUCCGCCGUAGGUUGCAUGGCACCUCUUAUAUCACUAAUCCGAUCAGGAACAAGCACAGCUAUAGAAGCUGGAAUGUUUGCACUUGACAUACUCUUGGAUAGCAAAAUAUUCUCAGAGGUCGCAGAAGAACAUGAUUGUGUGAACCUCUUUUACGGCUUUGUGGCUUCUGAAAACUAUCUGAUCAGUGAGGCUGCAAUUUCUUGUCUUGUGAAAAUGGCUAAAGACAACACUCCGCGUAAAAUGGAUCUUAUUAAAAUGGGUGUAAUCAAGAAAUGCCUUGGUCAACUCUCUAGAUCUCCUCCAUGUUCUUUGUGUUCAGUAAUCGCAGAGCUUUUCAGAGUUUUGACGAAUGUUGGUGUUGUAGCUAGAAGCCAAGAUGCAAUAAAAAUGGUACAACCGCUCCUCUUGAUUUUGAAUAGACAGGACUUGGAUUUUCAAGGCCAGCUUAGUGGUUUACAAGCUAUUGCAAACAUCUUGGAAAAGCCAAUGAUUCUUGAAUCAUUAAAUAUUGCAUCGUCUGCUGUUGUUACGCCUAUGAUACCAUUGCUUGAAUCUGAAUCUUUAACGGUCAAAAAUGCAACCGCAGAACUACUGACCUCACUACUCAAAACGCCACGUUUCCAAGAAGAGAUAAUGACUAAGGAUCUCGUUGCUCCUCUUGUGAAAUUAGCAGGGAUCAGAGUAAGAAACUUGCAAGAGAUAGCGUUGAUGGGCUUAGAGAAAUCGUCACUUACAUGGACAAAGGACGUAGCUGAUGCCGAAGGAAUUCAAGAGCUCUCCAAGGUUAUUAUCGACGAUGAUCCUCAACUUCCUGUAUAUCUAUGGGAAUCAGCAGCUUUCAUUCUCUGCAACAUCCUCAGAUUCAAUCCAGAACACUACUACUUUACAGUGACUAUACCAGUUCUGACAAAAAUGUUGUUCUCAACAGCUGAGAGCAUAGUGAUCUUAGCCGUAGACGUAUUGAUCAUCCGUGAGAACCAAGACUCAUUAAGUGUCUUGGAAAUGGUUGAAGCUGGUGCACUCGACGCAUUACUAGAUCUACUAAGAUCACACCAAUGCGAAGAACUCGCUGGAAGAUUACUCGAAUUAAUACUACGCAGUCCAAAGGUUAGAGAGACAAAGAUAUGCCAGUUUGUAAUAACUCCCUUGUCAGAGUACAUAUUAGACUUAAACACAACAUCAGAAUCCGCAAAGCUUCUUGUAGCCAUGGCUUUAGGUGACAUAUCUCAACACGAAGGAUUAGCUAAAGCCACUGAUACUCCUCUGGCUUGUCGCGCAUUAAUCAGUUUGAUAGCGGAUGAACCAAGCAACGAGAUGCAAAUGGUUGUGAUUUGUGCAUUAGGAAACUUUGCAAUGCAUAGUAGAACAAGUCGUAAAGCUAUAGCUGAAGCUGGUGGAGUAUGUUUGGUUCAAGAGAUGCUUAGAUCUUGUAACCCACAAGUUUCUACACAAGCAGCUCUAAUGAUCAAAUCUCUCUUCUCAAACCAUACACUUCAAGAAUACGUCUCCGGUGAAAUCAUCAAAUCUUUAACAACUGCGAUGGAGAGAGAGUUAUGGACGACGGCGAUGGUAAACGUGGAAAUAGUAAGAACACUAAACGCGAUUCUCACGACGUUUCCCAAACUCCGUUCGUCGGAAGCAGCCACCGCUUGCAUCCCUCACUUAAUCGGAGCUUUAAAAUCCGGCGAGCAAGAAGCGAGAGCUACAGCGAUGGAUACUAUAUACACGAUGCGACAGUCGUGGACGACAAUGCCGACGGAGAUAGCGAAAUCUCAGGCGGUUUUAGCGGCGGAGGCGAUACCGGUUUUGCAAUUGAUGAUGAAAUCGAAAUCUCCGGCUCCGUCGAUCUUUCACGAGAGAGGUAACAGUCUCUUGAAUUCUUUGCCGGGAAGUCUCACGGUGGCGAUCAAACGCGGCGAUAACCUGAAACGUUCCAAUGCGUUUUGCAGAUUAAUCAUCGAUAAUUGUCCCAGCAAGAAAACCAAGGUUGUGAAACGAAGCAGCUCACCGGUUUGGAAAGAAUCAUUCACAUGGGACUUUGCUGUAUCUCCAAGAGGACAGAUUCUUGAAAUCGUAUGCAAAUCUAACAACAUCUUUCGAAACAAAAAUAUGGGAAGAGUGACGAUCCCAAUCGAUAAAGUAUUGACAGAAGGGAGUUACAGUGGAAGUUUUAAGCUGAGUGAUGAAAGCAAUAAAGAUGAUUCUUCUAAUAGAAGUCUAGAAAUUGAUAUUGUCUGGUCCAAUCAGACAUUUUAAUUUUAAUAUCAUUUAAAAUGGUACGGUGUUUCUAAUUACUCCAAAACUUUUUCUGUAAAUCCUGAAUAUUAUUGUUCCUAAAUUGUUUAUAUGUAAGGAUUUAUGUAUAAGUUAAU